GUUGUCAGGGUCUUCCAGCCUGGGAAGCUAAUGUCUGAGAUGAGGCUCCAGCCCCUGUCUCCACAUUCAGGGGCUCAAGUGGUUAGUUGGUUAGGAAAAAACUGUAAAGUACCUCCUGGUGACAUGAGACAGCCACUUUCUGGAAAGUCCUUCUACUUGGAUCUGCCUGCUGGGAAGAAUCUUCAAUUUCUGAUGAAGGCUAUUCAGCAGCUGGGUGGAGUAAUUGAGAGCUUUCUAAGCAAGGAAGUAAGCUACAUAAUUACUAGUCGAAGAGAACCCAAAGCAGAGAAGAGUACCUCGGGUCAGCAAGGCUUUUCAAAUCUUAGGAAAAGACGGGUAGAAAUGACCUCUCCAUCUGAUCCUAAAGUCGGCCAGAAGCUUGGACCAAAGUCAAGAGAUACUGUCCCCAUGAGCAGAGGGAAAGAGCUGCUGCAAAAAGCCAUCAAAAAUCAGGGUAGCAUCAGUAGCAGCCCAGGUGGUAGCAGUAGCCUCCUGACCAAUGCCCGAUCCUGGGGAGUACAGAUCCUCCACGUCGAUGAAAUGUUGACUCAUGUGCAACAGCUGUGCCUUGGUAUUUUGCGUAUGACUGAACAAGAACAGAAGAAGUCAAAGAAAACAUGUGCAGCAGUAGAAUCAAGAGCUCCUAAAGUGGCAAGAUUGAAGGUUCCAUUCUUAAAGAUCGAAGACAGCAGCAGGAAAUUCCAACCUUUCUACCAUCAGUUCAAGCGUUUUCCCGAGCUUAACUUCCUGGGACCCCAAAACUCAAGUCCAUUUGAAACUGUGAGAACUUCCUUCCGCAAACACAAAGCCAAACAUCCUGAAGGUGAAGAGCUGAGCCCCCAUUCUCCAGCCUGUACAGUGCCCAGGAGAAAGAAGGGCUACUGUGAGUGUUGCCAAGAGGACUUUGAGGAGCUCCAUAUGCAUCUCCAAAGUGACCAACACAAGGGCUUUGCUGUGGAAGCCUCCAAUUAUACAGCAGUGGACCAGAUAACUUCCCAGCUCAGCAAUAACUUUGCUGAACUCUCUAUUCAGGUGCUACCCCCCAGGCUGUCGGAUUCUCCAGCUGUUGGCCCGGAACAACAUAGCUUGGGUUCUUUGCAAAGACCACCUCCUCUCGACCACUUUCCAGAUCCCAGGGCAUCAUCUCCCAGGACAAAUGGAGAUCCGGGAAGUGCCGGGAAGACGCAAGGUGAUCAUUUGUCAUCAGACACGCUUGCUCUCUUGGCACCAGCUCAACAGACUAGUGGUGGAAAAGCUCUAGGAAUGGAAAACUCUGAGAAGUUGGGGCAAUUGGGUGGGACAGUUGGGAACUCCUCAGGAGCACCAUCCCUUGUUCACCAGCUCACUCUGGCCUGUGCUGCUUCUGGGAAGCUCUUGGCUCAACCCUACUGCUGUGACGAGUCAGCACCCCCUCCUUUCCUCAAUGAUCAAGACAGGGCAGGGAUGGGCCAUAAGCGGAAACUCCAGGCCCCUAAUUGUAGGGCUGAGAAGAAACUUCGGGUGCCCAUUGAGGCUCUGCCCUGCCCCAGCAUCACAGAUACACCUGUCCUAUGCCCUCUAGUAAUGAGCCAGGAGCAAAGAGACACACUCUCUCCCACUCAUAACCUUACUUUGAAUCCAGACAUUUUGCUUGCCUCUCCAAUUGGUGCUACCCACAAGUCUAUGUCUCCCUCGCAGCCCAGCUCCCCUAGCAAGCUGCGGAGAGAUUCACCGUGCUCUGGUCACCCAGGCUUGGAAGUAGACAUAAUAACAAAGGUGUCUGAAGAGGGAAGCCCUUUUUCCCUCGAAGAAGAUGCACAAAGAACCCCAAGAUUGUCUCCCUGUUGGGUCUCUAGACCUUCCCCUGACCAUCAUUCUCAGUCUAGCCUCUCAGCCUGCCAACCUGCACCCAUCCCACUGACAACCUUGAACUCCAAGAAGCAUUUCCCAUCAUCAGAGGAUGUGGGAUCCCUACCCCUUUGCCCACCAACAGAGAGACAAGGUAAUCCGGAUGGCACUUGGUGCCCUGUCCCUUCUGCAGCCCCUGCCUCUCUCCUUCCUGCUAAAGUUAGCUCGCCGCUGCUGGAGGAGCCCUGUUCUUCAGAGUCAGAGUGGGACACACAGCUCCUCUCAAAACUGGAGAGGCCACAGGCUUCACGAGACCGCUCCUUGGAUGCCGAGGGUCUCCGCCGGGCCCGGAUUAUGAUUCUAGACAGUGGUUAUGAGUCUCACCUCUAUUCUGUACUACAGCCCAAACCAGAGCUAGACUGGGAAAGGAAAGAAGAGCAGAAUAAAGGGAACUGCCGGACAGAGACAGAUGGGGCCCCCUUUUUGACCUUUGAGGCCUGCCUGGACACAUGGACCAACUGAAUGAACUCCUUGAAGCCAGUAGUACAGAGAGCUGGGAAUGUGUGGACCCAGCCUAAUCUAGCCUAGCUGACCUCUAGAGAUUUCAUAUGGAAUGGCCUGGCCUGGGCUGAUCUGAUGCUCCCCAGUUGUGAUUUCACCAUCUACAUGCCUUUAUGCAGGGCAAUGAUCCUUAACCAGGAUGUUACUACCUCCCUCCCUGCAGGACUGGUGCAGAGAAGGCUUGCAAAUACAACAAAAGUUACAUUCACCCUUGUUUUUUAUUAUAUCCAAAGCAUUUACCCCCUUAAAAAGGCUAAAGUUUCCCUAGAAUUAGCCUCCCUUCCCACAAACAUCUGGUUCACUUGUGUCUGAUCUCCUCCUCCCCCUCUGUGUCUGUCAGAUAAAAUCAUCCUGAAUCUGAAUCAGGAGGGGGCUGGGGCGAUUGGGACUUGCCAAGCCCAUGGAGCUUCCUCCCUACACACUUAGCUGACUUCCAGCUCUGACCUUUCCCCUCCAUUCCAGCAUGGGGCUGGGUGGGAAGCUGAUGUCAGCCCUUCCAGCCAUCUCCCUAGGCUCAGAACCACCCCCAAUAACUUAGAAGUCCUCCUUUUCUGAGAUAAUUGUCUUCACUCCACUUACUCCCCCAUUACGCUCCUCACUCUGAGCCCUCAUUCCACUCUGCUCAACCAUUAAUCUGUAAAUAGAGAUGGAUUUGCUAUUGAUUCCUUGUAUGCUCUCCCCCCCACCGCCCCUUUUAAUCUAUGCUGCAGCUCUCAUUCUCUUGUCUGUCUGUGUCUCUCUCCUCCACUCAUUCUUUUAAUUGGAACUGCCUGAGGCUUGAUGCUAUUAAAUGACAAAGUUUAGGAGAAGGUUGGCAUAGGUCCCCAUGAAUACCUUAGUUAAUAACUUGGAAAUGAAAUAACUGAAUAUACAAGCCCCAAUUCCCUGUUUGGCAUUUUAAAUAGUAUUUCUGAGUAAAUUGAGAAAUUUUAACUUUGUUAUAAAGAAAAUAAAUAGAUUUGUUAACAAGGUGACAA